AAUCAUCAUCCGAAUUAUGCCAUACAGUGUCUUUUGAAAUUCCUAAGAAACCCAGUUAGGCUUUUGCUGCUUCAAACUCCAUCGAGUUUUUAAAGACACACUUCACUCUCUGUUACUCUCUUACAUUUAUUUACCUACAGUUCUCGAAUUCUCUGAGCUUCCGCUUUCACUCUUGCUCCCUGCUGCGUCUGCGUCGAUCGGUUUCUUAGAGAGAAGCUAACAUGGAUAAAGACGUAGCCCGGAAUAAAUCUGUUGAUCCUCUUGUGGUGGAAGAAGCCAUACAAGAACUUGGGCGUGAACCUUCUGAUGAUGAACAACCCCGUUAUGUCCCAAUCGAGCUGGUCAAACCUCCGUGUUCAAAUGAUGCUAGUGUAAUGUAUCAUUGCUACUUAAUUGAGCUGAAACCGAAUUUUGAUUGUGAUAUUCCAGUUAGUGAUAUCGUACUUGGCACGAGGAAUGAACUUGAUUGUGAUACUAUUGCGAAUAUGAAUUUUGAAUUACAAGUUCAAGGGGGUCCUUUAACAGUAAACUUUAAACAUGCUGGAGAUGUUAGUCUAAGUUCAGAGCAGGUUCUUGCGUGCAGAAGGUUCCAAAUCACAAUUUUUAAGAUUCUAGUGGAUUGCAAAUUGAAAAAGUUGGAUGAAGUUUUAGAAAGAUUUUGUUUGGGACAAAACCAUCGGACUGAAUCGAUUGAUUACCUUUUGCUACCGGUAGAAAGGAUACACCAGAGACCAUCAAUCAUUGAUUUGGAAAGCAUUAUGUCUAUGUCGUCUCUCUGUAACGAUGAUUCUAAGAAUAGUGCUUGUGUAAAUUUUCCUCAACCCAACAACAAUUCCCAUGUUCUGCUACAUACCCAAAAUGGUAUGGUUUGUACUUGCAGGAUCCAGAAUUCUGUGGUCUAUACGCCUCAUAACAGUAUCCUGUAUUGCAUCACUGGUCUGUUGGAUGACUUGAAUGGAAACUCACUGAUGAAGGACAGCAAAUCUCUUACCUACAAAGCCCACUAUGAAGCAAAGCAUGGGAUCAACCAGUGUUUUGAUCAACAGUUAUUGUUGAAUGGGAGACACAUUUUUCGGGUACAAAAUUAUCUUCUGAAGUGCCGACAACAGACCAAAAAAGAAUCAAGUGAUAAAUCUGUUGAAUUGCCGCCUGAACUUUGUGCUAUAAUCAUGUCACCUAUAUCAACCAGCAAUUUAUAUUCGUUCUCACUUGUUCCGUCCAUCAUGCAUCGGCUUGAGUCUUUACUACUCUCUGUCAACUUGAAACACAUGAUUUUGGAUCAUUGCCCUCAAAAUAUUACUAUCCCAACCAUCAAGGUCCUGGAAUCUAUUACCACAAAAGGUUGCCAAGAGAACUUCGAUUUGGAAUCCUUGGAAACUCUUGGAGAUUCCUUUCUUAAGUAUGCUGCAAGUCAGCAGCUUUUUAAAACCUAUCAAAAUGAUCGUGAGGGCCUCCUUAGUGUAAAUAAGGACAAAAUAAUUUCUAAUCUUUCCCUUGGCAAGCUUGGAUGUGACCGUAAAAUUUCGGGUUUUAUUCGUGAGGAGAGUUUUGAUCCGAAAAAGUGGACCAUAACUGGAGAUUAUUCUGGAAAUUAUUUCUUAAAUGAGGAGUUGCUUUUUAAUAAAAGAAGCAUUUACGUUGGGGGAACAAGGAAGAUCGAUACUGAAGUUGUUGGAGAUGUAGUUGAGGCACUAAUCGGUGCAUUUCUUAGCACAGGUGGUGAACUAGAUGCCAUAUAUUUCAUGAACUGGGUUGGUAUAGAGGUGGAUUUAGACCACAUACGAUAUGAGAGGCACUUACAAGUGCAGCCGGAGAAGCUCAUUGAUGUCGGACAUUUAGAGUCAUUGCUUGACUACAAAUUUUGUGAUCCUUCUCUUCUCGUGGAAGCGCUAAGCCAUGGUUCUUACAUACCAGGAGGUUACCAGCGGCUAGAAUUUCUUGGUGAUGCGGUGUUGGAUUAUAUGAUCACUGCUUAUUUUUACUAUAUGUAUCCUGGGAUGAUGUCGCCACGAUUUUUAACUGAUAUGAGGUCUGCUUCUGUGAACAACGAUUGUUAUGCACGAUCUGCUGUGAAGGCUGGAUUACACGAGCACAUUCUUGCUUCGGACAUAGUCCACCGAAAUAUUGACUCUACUGUUAACAAUUUUGGAUUGCUAUCUACAGAAUCAACUUUUGGAUUUGAAUCUGAGACAUCCUUCACCAAUGUACUUGCGGAUAUUGUUGAGGCUUUAGCGGGAGCAAUUUUUAUUGAUUCUGGAUGCAAUAAACAAAUUGUCUUUCAGAGUAUACGUCGUCUCUUAGAGCCCUUGGUUUCUCCAGAAACGUUGAAGCUCCAUCCUGGAAGAGAGUUCAAUGAUUAUUGCCAAAAAAAGCAUUAUAAUGUGCAGAAAUUUGUCGAGUGCUUCCAAAAUGGUGAAGCUAGGGUUACAAUAGAGGUUGAAGCGGAAGGGGUCACAUACGAGCAUAAAUCAACUGCUUCUAAUAAGAUAACUGCACGUAAAUUAGCUCAAAAACAAGUUUUGAGGUCUCUGAAGGAAAAUGGUCUCUGAAGGAAACUACAGAAACAAGUUUGAAGGAUUUUCCAGCGGACAUAUAGCUUCAAAGACACUGUGAAUUUACAUGCUAAAAAAACUGAGGUUCCUACUAUGGACAUGCAUUCGUCUUCUAGGUGCCGUACCUACAAAAUGUUUAAAAAUAGGACUGAUGAGCAUCUACCAAUAAUGUUAGACUCGACAUGUUUCAUAAAAACACAUGAGCAGCCCGUGAGUAAUGUAUUGUUUGAUUAUUCCUUUUUCCUUAA